AUGCACCACGUCAGCGAGGACACCGACGACGGCCACCCUACUUUCUUCCUGCCGCAUCACCCGGUGAUCAAGGGCUCGGGUUCGACUUUGAAACUCCGAGUCGUGUUCAACGCGUCCCAGAGAAUCGCUUCCGGCCCGUCGCUGAACUCGGUGGUCCAUAUCGGGCCGGGGCUCCAGCAAAAUCUCGGAAGGGUGUUGCUGCGUUGGCGCAUGCAUCGUGUGGCGUUCAUCGCCGACAUUGAACAGAUGUAUCGACAGAUCGCGGCCCACCCGGAGGACCAGUCGUUGCAGCGAAUUUUGUGGCGUCCCGCGCCCACUGGGCCCGUACACGUGUAUCAGCUAAGCACGGUUACCUACGGCACGGCUUGUGCUCCGUUCUUGGCGCUACGCGUACUGCAGCAGCUGGCCCAGGAUGAGGGCUCCCGCUUCCCGCAAGCCGCGGACCUCUUGGUUAGUUCCACCUACGUUGACGACGUGUUGGCAGGCGCCGCCACGUUGGACGAGGCGCUCCUACUGCAGAGGGAGAUCGUGUCUCUCCUCAGGACGGGCGGCUUCGCUUUGAGGAAGUGGGCGGCCAACAAUCCAGCAGUGCUGGAACCGGUGCCUGAGAAUUGCCGCUUACCGUUGGUGCCGCUUCGGGACCAUGCGGACCUGGGGACCCCCGUGCUGGGUGUCCAGUGGUUGCCGGAGGACGCGUUCGGGUAUGGCGACGCGUUGGGUCUACCCUCGUCGAAUACUAAGCGCAGCAUCCUCUCCACCAUUUCGCGAGUAUUCAAUCCCCUUGGCUGGAUCAGCCCGCUCGCGACUGUCACGGAGCUUCGGUUGCCCCGGUGGACCGGGCACACCCCCGGGUCACAGACCGAGCUUCGCGGUUUCUGUAACGCCUCCGAGCGCGCCUAUGCGGCUGCCGUGUACUUGGUGGUGCGGGCCCAAAGGGACCCGCCCGUGUCUCGCCUGCUCGUCGCGAAAACCAAGGUGGCGCCGGUGAAGCCGAUCUCGCUUCCGCGGUUGGAAAUCUGCGGAGCACACUUGUUGGCCCGGCUUCUGAGAUUCGCUCUGGAGACCCUCCAUCCGACGACUACAACCACACGCUGCUGGAGUGACUCUGCGGUCGUGUUGGCCUGGAUCCGACAGCACUCGUCCCGCUGGAACACUUUCGUGGCGAACCGGGUGGCAGCUAUCCACGAACUUCUUCCCUCCGCUCAGUGGGGCCAUGUGCCCACGAAGGAGAAUCCGGCGGACUGCUCGUCGCGGAGCAUGUCGCCUCGUCUUCUCCGAGAUCAGGAGUUAUGGUGGGGUGGUCCAGCCUGGCUGACACAAGCGCCCGAACACUGGCCCUGUUGGGAGCCCACGAGACCGACGAGGUGCAAUACCGUGCGAGUCCGCGACACGGGCGCCGAGCCGACGGGCGUGCCCCCGGUUCAGGAUUGCGAGGGGCUGAUCGCCUCCUCCUAUUCAAAGGCACUACGCAUCAUGGCGCAUCAAGCGCAUCACUGCGCUUCCGCCACCGAACUUCGGCGCAUUCGGUCUCCAUCACCUCCGCCGAAUAUCGGCGCACCGAGCUCAAGCUCCUCGCAAUUACGCAGCGAGGGUAUUUUUGCAUUGAAUUGGGCCACCUACGCGGAGGUCGAGCGCUGCCCUUCUCCAGCCCGCUGCGCCAACUCCACCCAGUCCUAG